GAGGAUUUUUAUAAAAACGCAUCCAUGGUUUCCCUGUCAUGAAUUCGUUCGUUACUUCUUCGUCGACUCCAAUUGACCAUGAUUACGCCUGCUGCCGACAAUCCAAACCGUCUAAAGAACGAAGCGGCUCCUUCUCCGGUCGGUUUAAAGAAUGUGCCCGCUACCCAGCAGGCCAUCAGCUUGCAACUUCAGGGAGAGGUGCCCAAGUGGGUCAACGGUAUCAUGUAUCGCUCGGGGGCGGGAAGAUACAAUAUAUUGUUGGACAAUGGGGACACGCAUCAUAUCAGUCAUCCGUUUGACGGUCUAGCGAUGCUUCAUCGGUUCGAGAUCAAUGGUGAGACGCAGACUGUCAAAUACAGUUCUCGCCACACUUCGCACGGUGUGGAGCGGCGUAUCGGUGAAAGAGAUCCCACCUUGCUGACGUUUGGUCCUGAUCCUUGCAAAACCAUCUUUGGACGCAUGCAAACGGUGUACCACCAUAUUUCAAGAUUUGGGUCCAAUGCCAAGCUGCAAGAGAACGACCCCGAGUUUGAUAUGGUCAAUGUCACCAUCACACCGAAUUUUCCCCUUGGGGAACGACUGGAAGCCGAAACGGGGAUUCCCCGAGGACAAGCGCUGGUCAUCAAACGGGAUGCCAAUACACUUCAGGUCGUUGAUAACACCACGUUGGAACCUAUCAAAAUGUUCACCUAUGGCCAUAUCAGUGACAAGCUUCAGGGGCAACUAUGUGCUUCUCAUCAUCAGUAUGACGAAGAAACGGAUGAAUACGUGAAUUUCAUGGUCAAACUUGGUCCCUUUCCAUCGUUUCAACUCUUUAUUCUGGGACCGUACCUUCCCAAUCCUUCGCAGCCGCCACCGGAGCCACGUUUGUGCGAACCCAUCUGGCGUCACUUGGGGGCCUGGAAAACGAUGCAGCCACUCAAACCUGCGUACAUCCAUUCGUUUAGCCUCACCAAGAACUAUAUCAUCAUCCCCAACUUUCCUUACUACUACUCUUUUGGCGGUUUAUCUGCGAUCUACUACUCGUGCGCGUAUCAAACCUUUUACUGGGAUGAGACGCGGCCUACUUUGUUUCAAGUGGUGGAUCGUCACACUGGUCGCCAUAUCGCGACUUAUGAUGCGGACCCCUGUUUUGCUUUCCACAGUGCGAAUGCGUGGGACGAAGAGAUCAAGCUACCCGGUGGCGGGACCGAACAUGUGAUUUACAUGGACUAUUGUACGUAUGAAAAUACCGACAUUGUGGAUGCCAGUUUUGAACUGGGCAAACUUUCUUCAGGCGACAUUGACCUGGCUCAAGUGGCACCGGCCAAGUUUGUGAUCAAGAAGCAUACCAGAGACAAGAAGAACCAUGCAAUUGCUCCCUCGCAAGUCCGAAGAUAUCGUCUGGGCCACGUGCCUUCUCCGUCCUCAUCGAAGCGCUGGACGCCCGAUGCGUGGAGCUUUGGUCUCGAAUACAACAAACGACGCGUGGCUUCGUAUUCCGUACUUGGGUACGAUUUGGAAUUGCCACGAUUCAAUCCUCGAUAUAAUCUACGUCCCUAUCGUUACCUGUGGGGAGUCUGUGAAUCACGUCAUGCGCCUUCGUACGCUUCGGGAGCCGUGGUGAACGGAUUGAUCAAACUGGAUCUCAACCGACCUUACGAAGGAAAGAAUACCGACGAGAAAAGCUCGGCCAAAAUAUGGGACGAACCCGGCAGCUCUUGUUCUGAACCAAUCUUUGUACCGAAUCCAGAAGGCACGGCCGAAGACGACGGCGUGAUUUUAUCCACCGUGAAUACCAUUGACCAAGACAAGCAAGAAUCACACUAUCUUUUAAUUCUUGACGCUGCUACCAUGGCCGAACUGGGACGCACCACAUUGGGUACUUUCCAUGCCACCACGAUCCACGGCAGCUUUGUCGACAUUCACGGUAAAGGUGUCGCUGUGAACUGAUGCUCCU